UUAUCCGCGUACAAAGGUUGAUGUAAAUCUACCUAUAUUCUGUUUUAUAAUUUAACAAAAAAUUGAAUUGUUAAAUAAAUAUAGACCAAUGAAAUUUUCAGAUAAGUUACGAAUAAUUUCCAAAUAUUAUAGUAAAUGGAUUUGUACUUCAAUAAGAUGAAUUAACGUUAUUUGAAUUGCUGUUACAUUUCUAACACUUAUCCUAGUUUUAUCUUCAUCAGUGAAGAUUAAAUCAGGUAAUAAAAGGCGCAUAAAUUUAUAUAAAAUACAAUAACCGGGUUUUUUCAAGUGUUUUAACUUACAAUUUUUCAAAAUUUAAAUGAAUAAUGAAGCAUGAAUUUUGUAAAUUGAAACCUUCCUUUUGUGGUUAUCCCGUAUACUAAGGUCAAGUCAGUCUAUAUUAUAAUAUAUAAUUUAUAAUAUCAAAACAAUUGUUUAAACAAAUAAAGACUAAUGAAAUAUUCAGACAUUUUACGAAUAUAAGCGAAUAUAUCCAAAUAUAAUAAAAAUAGAUUUGCCUGUCAAUAAUGAGAUCAAUUUAUCAAACGAAAUAUUUUUAAAAAAACCUAUGAAUUCCCGCAGAUUUGAUUCAACCGACAUUCAUUGACAAACCAAUACAUCUGCGUCCGUGAUUCGUAUUUUAAUUUUUCUUAUUUAGAUAUUUUUCUUAUCUCUUAUAUAUCAUUAGUUGGUUUUUUAAGCAAAAUAUUUUCAUAAAAAAAAGGAUUUCCCGCCAACACAAGAAUUUAUAACUUUCUUAAGGUUAUCUUAUUGAUAUUUGUGUUAUUCUAUGUUAUGGAAGGAAUCUGUGUUUUAUUUAUUUAUUUUUAUAUGUAAUCUAGCGUUUUUGUAUUUUCGUUUUGUUGAUUUUUUAGGUUUGUAAGAUUUAGUGAUGUGUUAUCAGUUUUGGUUAUAAUUAUUACCUUCCCGUUCUAAGAAGUGUGUUUACUUGUAAGUAUGAGCUCCGGGAACGACGAGGCGACUUUUCUCGCCCUCCAGAAAUAUUUUUUGAGCGGCUUACGUCGUCCUCGGGACAACAUGAUAAUACCGAGCGCUAUCGGCCGUGUCGACAUCAAAACGAACGAAGAAAAACAGAUGGAAGCGGCCCUCGAGAGCUGCGCCUUCAAGACCGCCCUGAGCUGCGUCCUCGGUUUCGGCCUCGGCGCCGCUAUUGGCUUGUUCACGUCGAGCGUCAACCCCACCGUCCCGGUCGACGGUAAGACCCAGACGGCGAGGGAGAUCUUGAGGGAGAUGAAAUCCGCGUCCCUCGGCUACGGCAAGAACUUCGCCAUGGUCGGAGCGCUUUUCGCCGCCGUCGAGUGUACGAUCGAGUCGUCGAGGGGGAGGACGGACUGGAUGAACGGAACCCUCGCCGGUGGGGUGACGGGAGGGAUCAUCGGGCUCAGGGCGGGCGUCAAGGCUGGCCUCUUCGGUGCCGUCGGGUUCGCCGCUUUCAGCACAGCAGUCGACUACUUCAUGAACAGACAUUAGACAAUUAUUCACUAUUUUCGUUGUAUAUAUUGUAUAUUAUUAGUUGUAAUUAAAAGUAAGUAGUUAUUAAAA